AUGUUGGCUAUAACCCUUGCCCUCCUGUAUAAAGGUGAGUAUGAACAACCAUUCCAGAAAAUUGAGCUCCGAAUAACAUCCUCACAGUAUUGGAUAAUUAUGCCUGAGCUCGAUAAGGACAAGAACAAAGAGACGCCUUCGAGUCCUCUCCCCAAAGAUCUUCAAGAUCUCGUGGAUAAGGAUGAAGAGGAUAGAGAAAUCCGCGCCGACUACGAAAAUUCAUGGACCACAACACGUUCCGAGGAUAACGAUUCUACCGAAUCUGUGAACACAUCAGAAAAUACGAAAGAUCAACUGCUGGAUAGAGGAGCGGAAAAGAAAAAACAAUGA